AUCUACUGCGUUACGUAAAUGCAACAAACAUGAGUGUUGAACAUCUGGCUGAUAUCCUCACCGCCCAAACUCGGGGCAGCAGCUGGGUGGUGGUGUUCAAAGCCCUGGUCACGGUGCAUCACCUUAUGGUGCACGGCAACGAGCGUUUUAUCCAACAUCUUGCAUCCAGAAGCUCCUUGUUCACUUUACACAAGUUCCUGGAUAAAAGUGCCAUAGAGGGUUAUACAAUGUCAACCUUCAUCAGACGAUAUAGCAGGUACUUGAAUGAGAAGUCACUGGCAUGUAGACUAAUUGCAUCUGACAUCACCAAAGCCAAGAGAGGGAUAGACGGUAUGAUGAGGACCAUGAAUACUAAAGAGCUACUGAACACGCUUCCGGUAAUUCAAAUCCAGCUUGACGCUCUUCUUAAUUUUAACGCAAAUCCCGACCAACUCACUAAUGGAAUAAUACACGCUGCUUUUAUGCUCCUGUUUAAGGAUUCUCUUCGGCUCUUUGCAGCUUAUAAUGAGGGGAUCAUUAAUCUUCUAG